CCAUAUUUAAACUAAUUUACUCGAAGAUUGCAAAAUUUAUUUCAAUAUGCAAAUGAUGGAUGUAGACGAAAACGGCACAUCUUCAAAUUCCGCAAGACCUCAUACAGGCAGUGUGUCACGAAACAAAGAAAGCAGUACCAGUGAAAAUGCAUUUGUAUUGACGACUUGUUCUAGAAACAAGGUUGAAUUUCCUAAACAACAUACAAGUACAAGCAACAAUGAGGAAACUACUGAUGAGUCGGAAACUGAAGAGCGUCUUUUAGUAAUUUACUGCCGUUCUGGGAAAUUGGGCGCUGCCUACUACACUCUGCAGACAGGAGAGCUAUUUGUACUGGACGAGAUCGUGGACCGUCCACCGGAGCACCAGAUCCUGUGCAGCCUGUUCCGGCAGGUCCGUCCGGCGCUGCUGCUUCUCGACGGCAAGGCGCCCGCCGGCUGCGUCAGCGUCACCAAGUCUCUGGUGUUCGCUGAUUCCAGCGCGGAUGAAGACGCUCACUGCAAGCUGCAGUUCAUCUCCUCUAAAGAAUAUAGUACUAAAUACGAAUUCUAAAUUCAAUAGCAGACAGACGAAAAAGCUUUAGGAUUUUUUUUGUGGACCCAUGAUUUUGUUUGCCUUAUAAUUGUUGCUACGAAACCCAUUUCCCCUUCCUCUCGUUUCCCCGUGUGCGCGGACCGACGUGGUCAGACUACGAGGCGUGUCGGCGGCGCGUGCUGUCGCUGUCGCUGGCGCAGGAGCCGGCGCGGUGCUCGGGGGCGGAGCGCGAGGUGUUCCUGCGCACGGUGCUGGACCUGGGCCAGGCGCUCAGCGUGCACGCGCUCGGCGCCCUGCUGCGACACCUCGACCUCAACUGGGCCAACCUCAGCCUCAACCUUUAUGGCAAACCGGAAUUCCUUCGCUUGAAAAGAGUCUCACUGGCGGACAUAGUGUGCAUAGACGAGGACACGUACAGCGGGCUGCAGGUGUUCAGCGCGCUGGC